GCUAGGCGGCAGCCCGCGGAAAUUUGAAAUGGCUGACGGGUUGCUGGCGGCUGGCGGGCUGGGGUCGCAGGCGAUGGUUCCCCAGCCGGAGCGCACGGGCUGGGGGGUCGAGGAGUCGACAGCGCCUCUGGAGAAAGCUCUGUUCCAAGAUGAAGAUUCAUGCAGUGAUUGUAGCAAUCAUGAUAAGCGGGGUACUAGUUUACAAAGUUUUGUGCCUGAAGGAAAGACUCAUUUCCCAGAAAUAUUCCAGACAAGUCAACUUUUGUUCUAUGAGCGAUUCAGAGCUUAUCAAGAUUACAUUUUAGCUGACUGCAAGGCCUCUGAAGUAAGAGAAUUCACAGCUGAGUUCUUGGAGAAGGUCCUUGAACCAUCUGGAUGGCGGGCAGUCUGGCACACUAAUGUGUUUGAGGUGCUGGUUGAGGUCACAGAUGUGGACUUUGCAGCCUUGAAGGCAGUAGUGAGGCUUGCCAACCCGUACCUCUGUGAAUCUCAAGUGAGCACUUUUACCUUGGAGUGUAUGAAUGAGCUCCUCGAUCUGAAGGAACAUCGGUUGCCCCUGCAAGAGCUGUGGGUGGUGUUUGAUGGUUCUGGAGUAUUUGACCAGACAGCUCUUGCAGUUGAACAUGUCAGAUUUUUCUAUCAAAACAUUUGGAGGAGCUGGGAUGAAGAAGAGGAGGAUGAGUAUGAUUAUUUUGUCAGAUGUGUUGAACCUCGAUUGAGGUUGCAUUAUGACAUCCUUGAAGAUCGAGUUCCUUCAGGACUUAUUGUUGAUUACCGCAAUCUGUUGUCCCAAUGUGAGGACAGUUACAGGAAAUUUUUAAAUCUGAGAAGCAGUUUGUCAAAUUGUAACUCCGAUUCCGAGCAGGAAAACAUCUCCAUGGUUGAAGGGUUAAAAUUAUAUUCAGAGAUGGAACAGUUGAAACAAAAGCUAAAACUCAUUGAGAAUCCAUUGCUGAGAUACGUGUUUGGUUAUCAGAAGAAUUCGAAUAUCCAAGCAAAGGGCAUUCGUCCAAAUGGUCAGAAGGUCACACAUGUGGUCUCCUCCACCAUGAUGACUGGUCUGCUGCGGUCUCUGCUCAGGGACAGGCUUUGUCAGGAGCCUUGUAAGGAAGAAACAGAAAUUCAGUUCCAUAGUGAUCCAUUGUCUGCUAUAAAUGCCUGCUAUGAAGGUGACACUGUGAUUGUUUGUCCUGGCCAUUACAUGGUACAUGGCACAUUCGCCAUUGCUGACUCCAUUGAGUUGGAAGGAUAUGGUCUACCAGAUGAUAUUGUGAUAGAAAAGAGGGGCAAAGGAGACACUUUUGUGGAUUGUACAGGUGCAGAUAUUAAGAUCUCAAGCAUAAAAUUUAUUCAGCAUGAUGCUGUAGAAGGAAUCUUGAUCAUUCAUCGUGGUAAGACCACAUUGGAAAACUGUGUGCUGCAGUGUGAAACUACAGGAGUCACGGUGCGAACAUCAGCAGAAUUUUUAAUGAAGAAAUCAGAUUUAUAUGGUGCCAAGGGUGCUGGUAUAGAAAUAUAUCCCGGGAGUAAGUGCACCUUGAGUGACAAUGGGAUCCAUCACUGCAAGGAAGGGAUACUCAUUAAGGACUUCUUAGAUGAGCAUUAUGACAUUCCCAAAAUAUCCAUGGUGAAUAAUGUCAUACAUAAUAAUGAAGGUUAUGGUGUUGUCUUGGUGAAACCUACAAUCUUCUCUGACCUGCAAGAAAAUGUCCAAGAUGAAACUGAAGAAAAUAGAGCACUUAAAAUUCCGACAAGUGAGGAGGCAGACACAGCGGAAAGGGUGGAUCUAGAAGAGCUGAUUCAAUGUACAACUGGCAAAAUGGAGCUUUAUGCAAGAUCUAGUCUUUCUGAGCAAGUGGAAGGCAACUAUGAAAUUGUAAAUGAACUAGUUGCUGCCUCCACACAGAAGGGUCAGAUGAAGAAGAAAAGGUUGAGUGAACUGGGGAUCACGCAAGCUGAUGACAACUUAAUGUCACAGGAGAUGUUUGUUUCAAUUGUGGGGAACCAGUUCAAGUGGAAUGGGAAAGGGAGUUUUGGCACAUUUCUUUUCUGACCACCGUGAUAUAAAUAGAUAGCAAAAUAUUGGAUUUUGCACAUGCUGCCCUGAGAAUCACUGCUGCUAUCAUAGUUUGCUUCAUGUCUGUAUUUUAUAUUUGAUAUAUUUGAUUGGGUUUGAGUGAAAUGUACAUCUAUUUCUAUCUGCAGGUGUUGCACAUGAAACAUUCCCUUUUAUAAGGAAGGUCAUAAAAACAUAAAAUAGAAAAUAUUUGAAGAUUUCUUAUCCAGAAAGUCUUGCUUUCUCAAACACAUAGUUCUCUCAUAUUAUUAAGCCUAUCAGUAACUUUCUAGUGUAAAUACACUUUUAACCUAGCACUUCAAAGAAGAAAGGGAAUGCAAGAUGAGUGCACAGAAAUGCAGUAGGUAUCAAAUGUCAAAUGUGCAGUGUUCUUUACACUUGUAUUUUUCUCCCAAUUACAGCAAGUCUGAAUUCCAUGAUACACUUGCAUAAUACUUGUCUUAAAAUAAGUUUUUAUUAUUAGGAAGUUAUCUGCAUAAUCAGACUUACUAUUGAGAAUUUGAGUGGGAUGCAUUUUUGUGUUGAACAAUGUAAUCAUCAAAACAGUAAUAGAUAGCAUGGCAGGUUUGAAACAGAUAUGAGAUGUGUUAUUCAGAGCCAAUGCGUAUGUAGAACACUUUCACUGUUGCUGAAUAUGAAUGAUUAAAAAGAAGGUGUUUUUCUUUGACCAUAACAGUAUUCUGAUCAGAUUUCAAAUAUCUUACACAUAGUGGUUUCUUUUACAACCUGUAUCAGCUCUGUGUUCUUGAAUAUCAUAUUGUAAGACACAGCUUUUAAAGAUAUUUAUAUUUUUAAAAAGUAUAUGUGACAUUAAUAUGCUUACUGAUUAAAAUUAAAAUUAUGAAAUAAUAAAUUGAAUCUUGUUCUGUUUUUCCAGAUGCAUUAUGGGCCAUAGUGCUGUGUAGCAUCUGUGGUCCUUUUGGAAUGCACACAAUGGAAUGACCAUUGAAAGGCAUUUUUCUUUUCCUCAUUUUAAAUCCUAUUGCAGUGGUAAUGCUAAUUAAUUCUGCAUAAACUU